AUGGCAAUGGCAUCAAAAUCCCAGCCGGCGGAUGCCUUGCGCCCCUUGGUUAAUUUCCCCUGGUCGCCAUGGAGUGCUGAAUAUUUGGCCUCCUUGUGCCCAAGCGAUUCAGAACUCGGAUUCUACACAAAACGAGUAGAUGAGCUAAAAUCACGAGUUAAAGCUAUGCUAAUGGAUUCCACAUAUGAUGCAGUGGAGAAAGUAAAAUUGAUUGACUUGCUAUGUCGCCUUGGCGUAUCGUAUCACUUUGAAAAUGAGAUUGAAGAUCAACUUGCUCAAAUUUUCAAUUCAAAAGCCAUUGAUGUUCGUGAACAACAUGACUACGACCUGUACACCAUCACACUUCUUUUCCGGGUGUUCAGACAACAUGGUUACAAAAUAUCUUGUGAGGUGUUCAACAAAUUCAAGGGCGAUGACGGUGAGCUAGAGAGGACGUUAUCUAGCGAUGUCAAAGGCAUGCUAAGCCUGUACGAAGCUGCUCAUUUAAGAGUGCAUGGAGAAGAUAUAUUAGAUGAAGCCCUUGAUUACAAAAUCACCAAUCUCGAUUUUAUGAAAAGCCAAGUAGGCCUCAUCUGGUUAGAGUCGAUGAAAUACAUUUCUUUCUACGAAGAAGAGGAAUCUCAUAAUGAAAUGCUGAUCAAGCUUGCGAAAUUGGAUUUUAAUCACGUGCAAUUGUUGCACCAACAAGAGCUUGUUGAGGUUGCAAGGUGGUACAAGGAUGCGCAAAUUGAGUAUGAAUAUUCUUACGCAAGACAAAGAAUUGCCGAAUGCUACUUGUGGGCUAUGGGGGCUAGUUUUGAGCCACAAUAUGCGUGUAUUCGAACAUCACCGCAAAAGCAAUACUCACGCUUUCAAUCACAGACGAUACAUAUGAUGCAUAUGGUACGAUUGGCGAACUCGAACAAUAUACAGAUGCAAUUCAAAAAUGGAACACAAGGUGCCAUUCAUCAACUGCCAGAUUACAUGAAAUCUCUUUAUAAGAUUAUCUUGGAUGUUUACGAUGAACUUGAGAGUAACUUGCAAUCGAAAGAGAGAUCGUAUUGGGUAUCCUAUGCCAAGGAUACGGUGAAACAAUUAGUGAAAGCUUACGAUGUUGAAGUUGAGUGGUGCAACAAAAACUAUGUUCCAUCGUUUGAAGAGUACAUAGAAAAUGCAUUAAUCUCAAGUGGCUACCGCGCUGUUUCGGUCUUAUGCUUUGUUGGGAUGGAAGAAUUUGCAGGGAUGAAGGACGAGAAAAAAAGGAGCCAACAUGUUUCCACAAGUAUUGAGUGCUACAUGAAGCAAUACAAAAUCUUAUCGAAGGAGGAAGCAAUCAAAAGUCUUAAGAAGAAGAUUAAGGAUUUGUGGAAGGAUAUAAACAAGGAAUGUAUGGGGCCAACUGCCCUAUCGAGACCUCUAUUCAUCCCAUUCCUUAACCUUGCUCGUGUAAUGGAUGUUUUCUACAAGCAUAAAGAUGAGUACACAGAUUGUGUGAUCUUGAAAGGCUUCAUCAAGUCAUUGUUCAUCGAAGGCAUUCCAAUUGAAGAGUAG